AUUCCUAAAGAAAUCUUUCAACAGUGUGGUUAGCGUGACAACCGUGUCGCACUAAGUAGUGUUGUGGGUCUGUGAGUGUUAAGAACUUUCUGUUACCUUUCUCUGUCGUACAUAACUAACAAAAGGCUUUUUAACUGAACUUAAACAUGGAACUCGCCUCGCUUACGUUAGCUUAGCUUAUGAAGGACAGCAGCCCGAGUGGCGUCUUCUUUUCAUCCGCGACGUCCCCACGUACGUGUCUCCGCUCCGCUGCUGUUAUGGGACUUUACCAAAGAAGUGUUCAGUUUGACCCACUGUCGCGACGUGAUAAAAGUUAGGCUAUGACGACGAGUUCGCGUUCAACGUCUCACACUUGAAUGGCUGACUGGUAACCUGUGUCACCAUGCCGAGUCAAAGCCCGUCGUCCCUGCCGCUGACAGUGACUGUCCUGGCCGCCCUGUGUGUCAGUGUGGGUCGGUGCGGUGCCUCCGAGUCUUGGGGGCCAGGAUGUGACAACGGAAAGCUCUCUUUGGAAAUGGACCUGCUCACGGAUCUUUAUUUGGACUGUUCAGUAUCUGCCUGGCAGCACUCUGCUCAGAUGCACCCCAGCAUUGACACAACAUAUGGUCCUGAGCCUGCCAGGCAGAUAUGUAUGAAUAAACCCAUCUCCUACAAUCACACCAUUCCCAGCAGUGGAGCGUACAGACCAGUCGGGGCAGAGAGUGGGGAGUACUGGUUCUGCCCUCCUCAAAGGUGGCUCAAUAAUCUACAGCAUGGAGCUAUUGUUCUGCUGUAUCAUCCCUGUGUUUCGCUGCAUGAGCGCCACCUUCUGUCUGUCCUGGCACGCUCCUGUUUGUCAGACUACAUCAUUACCCCACAUCCACGGCUCAAACAGCACAUGCCAAUAGCUUUGGUGUCCUGGGGUCGGACUCUGGAGCUGUCUGCAGUGGCCUCCGCAGACGUCUGUGACUGGCUGGAGACUACAGCAAGCACAAGAAAUAAGCUCAGCGGCGUGAAGAACAUCAGAGAAUACAAUCUGCUGUUAACCUGGCCAGCUAACCAUCACCGGCUGCUACGCACACAUCCAGAUGAACAGCAGUCGAUGGAAGUGAAGGAGUCUCUGAGGCGCUGUUGUGAGCAGACCAUGUCUUCUCUGCUUAAUGAAGCAAUGGAGGCGGAACUGGAGUCCAGUGUGAAGAAGGAAAGCUUGAACAUAAAGGAAGGGAGAAGCAGACAAAUAAGAGCUGCUAUCACUGAAGUACAGAGAAAUGCUGGGAACAAGGGAGACAACAAAACGCACAAAUCAACCAACCAGACCAACAUAGACAGAGUCAGAAAUGCAGGGGGUAUCCAGAAUUACAACAACACGCUCAGACAAUCAGAGGAUUCUCAUCCGGAAAACAGAAAGCUCUCAGAUCCUCCUGGUCCAAAGGAAGUGCCCUCUCAGUCCGAGAUCCAAAGUCAGAAUCAGAGCCUUACACAGACUACAAUUAGAAGUGAUUCUUUAGCAUUUGAGGCUUCCGAGUCACAGAAAAACCUGACUGAGACAGCAGCACAACAUCCAGAUCUCAAAAACACAGAACCGCAAACUGGCAUAGAUGUGAAGCCUGAAGGUAACAAAACUGUGAGGCCUGAAGCCCUGGUUUACAGUUUCAAAGACGAGGGCACAGACUCUAAAGAGAAAAACUAUGAUAAACAUAUGGCAGCAGGUGGGAAAAUGAAGGACAAUGAACUUGUAGAUGUAAAAGAGAGGGAGUUGGACCAUAAGCAAACACCACACAGUGCCACAGACUCUCAACACAAAAGUGAAAGCAGUGGCUUUGAUUCUCUUUCCAAAUCCCAUUCGGUGUCACCUCCCCAGCCUCAACAACCCGAUGCCCGAGCUGCUGUUGUGAAACAGGGGUUGCCGAGGACCCCCAGGACAGAUGAGGCAGUGUGGGCGGCAGCAGCACUGGGCUUCCUGUUGGUUCUCCUGACACUGUCUGUGCUUCACACUCGCCUGUACCGCCACUGGAGGACCAUGCCCAGUCUUUACUGGCAUGACCCACAGCAGGACUACGAUAGUGUGGCGGAUGUGAUCCACAGGAGGCAGCAAAUUGCCAAGAGGAGGCGGAAAAGGGGCAGAAGAAAGGAGUGUGUUCUCUUGCCGAGCUCCUCCAGCUCGGAUGAACUUCCGUAGAAAAAUGAAGGAAACAUUCCCAAGAAUUAUGUUUGGGGUGUGGAGGAGGUGAAGAGUAAAAUGUCCUUGAGAACAGUACUUGGCGUGAAGGAUGAGACCCUGUGAUUUGUCAGAAGACACAGAAGGAUUGUCACUUUUACAUCUCCUUGUGAAGAAAGCCAUGAAAGGGAGAAAUAAAAACAGAUUGUGACCCUCCAAAAGGAUCAUGAAGCUGUAUCAUGAACAGCCUGAAAGCAAAUUGUCUGUACAUAAAAGACGAGCUGAAGUGACUUAAACUCCCUUGUCCAGUCCAUUAAACCCGGAAAGAUGUGGCAUCUCACUCCAAUAGAAGCUCCGGGUUUUUGUUCAGUGCAUUAUGAUUUUUAUACGUUUCAUCUUCUUCAAAUACUUUCCAUCUACUCAGUCUGCUACACAGCACUCGGUGUAAAUAAACACAUUUUCACACAUGCAUGUACAGUAAAUGACAAUAUUAAGUCUCAUGUUUCAGCGUGAUAGUUUUUAUACGUUUCUUUUUUGUAAGGACUAGAUUGGAAACAUGUCGUUUUUCCCGUUAUGGUUAAGGUUGUGAUGUUAGACACUGUGUGUCACUGAAUGGUGCAAACAUAAGAAUUGCUGUAUUUCUUUGCAUAGAAAAUAAAUAAACCACUGACACAAGUAUUGAGAACUAUA